AUGUAUGAAUAUAUUGAUGAAGACGUAAUAUUAAAAAGACUGCUGCACCAUUAACUAGAAUAUUUGUAUGAUACUGGGGGAUUGAGCUCCUGAGAGCAGAGGCUCAGUGUUAGAUAGAUGAAAGCUUUUUGAUGUUCACCAAGACGUAGAGAAGGGAUCGUUGAUUGAUUCUCUCAAUAAUCUACGAUAACGGUGUUAUUCACACUCUCAAAGUGCUUCUUCCUAUUCACUACAGGAAACCUUGACGUCAUCGCUAGGUGAAAUACCUUUGACAAGACAUGUAGACAAUUUGUGUCAAAACAACGGAGAGACAUAUUACCCAAUUAUCUUCCUGAAUAUUGUGUCACACACAAGACCAUCACCAACAUGGAAAGCACAGAGGAACUUCUGAUGAUGAAUAUGUCUUUCCCUUUCCACCUUGCUUUUGUUUAUCCUAUCCCAGAGGCGUUCUACGUUAACGGAUUCGUCUCCCCCGUUCUGAUUUUCUUCACUUUGGUGACAAAUAUUUUCGUAGUUCUUAUUCUUCUGCGAAGGCACAUGCGUUCACCAACUAACGCCAUCUUAGCUGCCAUGGCAAUUUCCGACACGUUCACUGGAAUUUCCCCGCUUCCGGUAUUCAUUCAUUUCUUUUCUCUCGAAAACUACGAGGACUUUGUGGAAUAUCACUGGUGUUACCUUUACAAGUUUCUCGGCGAGCUCAUUCCAACUAUAUUCCACACUGCCUCGAUCUGGCUUACGGUGACGCUGGCCAUUCAACGUUACGUUUACAUUUGUCAUACAGCUACCGCCCGACGAUUCUGCACCAUUCAAAACGUUGUCAUUGCAUCGUUCAUAAUCUAUUUUCUGGCCAUACUCUCACAGAUUGCGCGUACCUUUGAUUUUGAAUUCAUCCCCUUUCCAAUACAUAACGCGCCCAAUAACACAUUCGUAGCUUGUAUCGAACAAUUCUCUCCAUGGGUCCUCCAAAAUGAAGAUCUGUAUUUCAAUCUUUACUUCUGGUUCAGAGCUAUUUUCAUUCACCUUGUCCCGUGCACAGUCCUUGUGGUGAUAAACUCAGUACUCAUAUGGACACUUCGAACAGCUCAAAAGCGAAGAAUGCAACUUCUAAAACAAAACAAAAGAAGCGAAUCCAUGAAGUUGAAGGAUAGCAACUGUACAACCUUAAUGCUGGUGUGCGUCGUGGGCUUGUUUUUGCUUGUUGAGUUACCCCUGGGUAUUAUCGUGAUUUUACAUCUCAUCCAAAACAAUUUUAAGCUUAAUUUCAUGUCAGUGGAGACAUUCAAUUUAUUGUCACUAAUUUCCAACACAUUUAUUUUACUAUCUUAUCCGCUGAAUUUCUUUAUUUAUUGUGGAAUGAGCCGACAAUUCCGAGAGACAUUUAUGGGAAUGUUUGCAAGGUUUCCGAUGCCAAUAAAUAAGGAAUGUUCCCAUUACGCAUCUAUUCCGACAGAAAAUGGCAAGAACAACGGGGAAACCACGAGGGAAACCGUGUUGUGAAGGGUAGCCGAAAUUAAAUGUGAUAGAACGCAUAAGAUAGAAUACGUAAGGCUACCAAAACUUUAUAGACCAACUAGUAUAUCAGUCAAAAAUGUAUAUAUCUGGCGUCAUGUGAUGUUUCCAUGUCUUCUAUCAUUUAGCGUAGAAUAUGUACAUUUAGAUGUGUAUGUAAAUGAAUAACUCAGUAAAAGGAAAAUAAAACUGUUUAACGGGACGUCAAGCUGGUGACGUAACCUACAGCUUUGAUACGUAGUAAGGUCGUAGAGACUAGCCGUGGAUAUUUUUAUCUAUGGUGAUGUAAA